ACUUCAUAUCUUCUCACUCUACUCUUUUUACAUCUUUGAUUCUCUUCUAUCCUUCAUCUUCUUUUUUCUAAUGUGUUUCAAAGAGACUAUUAUCUCUCCACUGUUUUCUUUAUGUUCUGUCUGAAACCAAACCAAGGCAAAACAAAACCACAGAAUCAAAUCCUCUUUCUCAGAUAUUCGGAGAAAACUAAUCCAUUCAUGAAGCAACCAGCUUUAAGAUUUGCCUCCACUUUUUCACCCUUUCUCGCACUCUACUGUCUUCUCACGCUAUCGCAUGUAGCUCUAGGAUCCCAUCAAUGGCAAUCACCAAUCAAAACAGUCGUCGUUUUGGUUAUGGAGAAUCGAUCCUUCGAUCACCUCCUAGGCUGGAUGAAGAAAUCGGUUAACCCUUCCAUAAACGGUGUAACGGGUCAAGAAUGUAACCCGGUUCCGAAUUCUACACAAACCAUAUGUUUCACGAGCGACGCUGAGUUUGUGGAUCCUCAUCCGGGUCAUUCGUUCGCAGCUGUGGAGCAACAGGUAUUCGGGUCGGGUCAGGUCCCGUCCAUGAUGGGUUUCGUCGAGCAAGCGCUUUCGAUGCCGGGAAAUUUGUCGGAAACUGUCAUGAAAGGCUUCCGGCCUGAAGCUGUACCGGUUUAUGCUGAGCUGGUUAAAGAAUUCGCUGUGUUCGACCGGUGGUUUUCUUCUAUACCUGGUCCGACUCAACCGAACCGGUUGUUUGUCUAUUCGGCUACCUCACAUGGUUCAACAAGCCAUGUCAAGCAACAGCUUGCUCAAGGGUUUCCACAAGAAACAAUAUUCGAUUCACUCCACAGCGACGACGUCGAUUUCGGAAUAUACUUCCAGAAUAUUCCGACCACAUUAUUCUACCGUAAUCUCCGACAGCUAAAAUACAUAUUUAAAUUGCAUCAGUAUGAUCUGAAAUUCAAGAAAGACGCAGCAAAAGGAAACUUACCGAGCUUAACCGUCAUUGAACCGAGGUAUUUUGACCUCAAGGGCUUACCGGCCAAUGACGAUCACCCAUCUCACGACGUAGCUAACGGCCAAAAGAUGGUUAAAGAAGUGUACGAGACACUUAGGUCGAGUCCACAGUGGAACGAGACACUCCUAGUCAUAGCCUAUGAUGAGCAUGGUGGGUUUUAUGACCAUGUGAAGACUCCUUACGUCGGUAUACCGAACCCGGAUGGGAAUACCGGCCCGGCCCCUGGUUUCUUUAAAUUUGACCGGUUAGGUGUUCGGGUUCCUACAAUUAUGGUGUCACCUUGGAUUCAGAAAGGAACUGUGGUGAGUGAGGCAAAAGGGCCAACAGAGAGCUCAGAGUUCGAGCAUUCAUCAAUACCAGCGACCAUCAAGAAACUCUUCAAUCUCUCUUCCAAUUACUUGACACAUAGAGAUGCUUGGGCUGCUACUUUCGAAGACGUGGUUUCUCACUUAACCUCUCCUCGAACCGAUUGUCCCAUGACUCUACCUGCCGUUUCACUCAUGAGAGCCACAGAUCCUAAAGAAGACGCAGCCCUAUCUGAGUUUCAGAGUGAAAUGGUUCAGCUUGCAGCGGUUCUCAAUGGCGAUCACUUCCUCAGUAGCUUCCCGGAUGAAGUUGGGAAGAAGAUGACUGUGAAACAAGCUCAUGAGUAUGUCAAAGGAGCUACUUCUCGGUUCAUUAGAGCUAGCAAAGAAGCAGUGAAGCUUGGUGCCGAUAAAUCUGCCAUUGUCGAUAUGCGAUCUUCGCUCACUACUAGGCUACGGAACCUGUGACUGACGAACAAAAUGAUAACAAACCUUGUGAAAAUUUGUAGGUUUCUUUUUGUUUUCCUUGCACUCUUCUUCCUCUCGUUUGAUCUGAAAAUGUGUGAUUUGAUGUUUGAAAACUGAAAUUAAGAAACAACGAAGCAGUUAAAGUUCGUUGUUAGUAUCAAUACGUACGUGCUUAUCAAUUGAUAGUUUGAUGUCUUGGAACUCAAUUUUAAGAAAUGUUGCGCAUAUACUUUUUGGGUAACUUUUUGAUAAAUUCCCUUUCACGGAAUAACCCGAUUAUGAGAGUCAGCAAUGCAUAGCUGCAAACAUUAUAAAGAAAUGUAUUCAUAUGUUAAAGUUAGGUUUAUUUGAAUGAGAACUGCUUGUAGUAAUUUUGUUACGUAAAGUUCACAUAAUGGAUAUUGCAGAUUUGUAGAGUAGUCCGAAUAAGAUUAGAAACCUUGAGACAAUUGCCGAAAUGAGUGAACUCAAACUAAAUUAUGAGCGCACCAAGCCGAACUAAUAUAGAUUCGAGUUUAGGUUCGGUUUUGAGUGCAGGUUUGGGUAUAUGGACAUGGUCCUAUAACAUGUCUUUUAUUUUGGUUUUGUUUUAAUAUAUGAUCAAAUAUUGAAUUAAAAGCCAAAGUAUUAUAGUUUCUUGUUCAGACUGAAAAUUGAUGAGAAA